AUUAAAAAAAAAAAAAGACUUAUUUUCUGGUGUUGAUAGGCUAUUCCUGCAGCCAAACAUUGCCUCAACAUAUUUUAGAAGCAACCCGUCAGCUUCUUCGCGCAAACCCAACGGAGCACCUGCAAUUCAAAGACGUCAAGGCUUCUAACAAACAUGGCUAUGUAUAUUCGUGUUAAACGUAACAAGACAACCUACUUUAUCCAGUGCGAUCCAACGGAGACUAUUCUGAACAUUAAGCAGAAAUUGCAUACCCUCAUAGACCAGCCAGUUAAUGAUCAGUGUUUGAUUUUGGUGGGGAGUGGAGAAGUAUUAGAGGAUUCAAAGACUUUGGCGGAUCAGAGGGUCGAGAACGACGCUGUUGUGGCCCUGACUUUGAGAAAAGAUGACAAUGAGUUUGAAGAUGUCAACAUUGUUCAGCCGAAAGAUUUCUACCCGUCUCGUGAUGCGGAAGGAGGCAACUGGUGAUUCUAGGGUGCUGUUCAGAAAAAAACUUGACUGGAUUAUGGCUAUAACUAGUGUUACAUUUUGGUUGAAACUGGGUUAUGAUGUAUGAAAUCUGAAGUUUCAUUUCAUUUUAUACUGAUGGAUUAAACAGGCACGGUGAGGUGUAAUUACAUAAGCUCCGCCUGUUUCAUUUAACUCAACAGGAUGGAGCACAAAACUCUCAAGGGAUAUGAACCCUCAAAUCUACUGACAUUUUGCGUCUUUUUCAAUAAAUUUUGUAUUCAAA